AUGAGUGAUAAUAUAUUAGUAUAUUUGAAAGUUAAACCAGAUUAUGAAGAUGAAGGGGGACUUACUAUUUAAGAAAAUACAGUUAAAGUAAUCUCACAAUCAUCCUUUGAAGAAAAGACUUAUUAAUUUAAUGCCAUCUUUUAAGAGAAUCACGAAUUACAACAACAUUGCAUUCCCAUAAUUGAUUAAGCUAUAAGAAAUCAAUAGAAUGCUUGCAUUAUAACUUAUGGAUAAACAUAAAGUGGAAAAUCUCAUGCCUUAGGCUUUUCACUCCAUAAUGAAGGAUUAUUACAUACAUUCCUUUAAUAUCUGUUUGAACAAAUGUAAAUAUAAUAAGUGUCUAUUUCAAUGCUCUAAUUAUAUAUGCAAUCAGCUAUUGAUUUAUUAAGCUAAGAUAAAACUCUUAAAGAAUUGAGAAUAAGAAAUAAGCAGAAUGAAACUUAUGUUGAAAAUUUAACUGAGGUACUUGCACAAAAUUAUCAAGAAUCCUUACUUAUAUGUUAAGAAGGAAUCUAAAAAACAUAAUUCUCAAAAUUACAUACUAUCUUAACACUUAAAGUUAUGAAAUCUAAAAUUCAAUUUGUUGAAAUUUUAGGUAACAAUUCCAUAAAUGCAAAAUCUCCAUAAUCUAGUAAUUGCAUCACAGCUCUACUUAAAGUUUUCAGUGCCCUUCUCAAACAAUAAUAAGGAACUUAAUAAUAAGUAUUUAUUCCUUUUCGAGAUUCUAGUUUAACUAUGCUUCUUAAAAAUUAAUUAACACCUCCUUCAAAAAUAAUUGUUAUUGGUACUAUUCUUCCUAAAAAUUCUAUUGAAACUAGUUAAACUAUUAAAGCAUUAUCUUCAUGUAUUAAAGUAUAUCCACCUUAAGACAAUAUUAAUAAUACUACUUAUCAUAACAAUGCAUCCAAGGCUAGAAGUGUAACACCAACAAUUACUAAACAAAAACCAUAAGAUAUAAUUGUUAAUAAUGGAUAGUAAUAAUAAUAAUAAUAAUCUAAUUAAUUAUAAUAUAAAGAAUUAAGUGAAUAUUUAUUAAAAUUAUUAACUAAAAUAAAUUCACAUGCUUGUAAACUUAUAAAUUAAGAAUGCUUAUAACAUAUUGAUAUAAAUUAAAACUUAGAUAAAAUAAUUUCAUAAGUUCAAUAAGUUUCACAUUAAUUAUUAUAAAUUAUAAAUGGAAAAAUAACAUCUUAAAUAAAUUAGGCUAAAACAGAUGGUUGGUAAAAGGCUUUAAAAUUUUUAUACCAUACUUAUGAAGAAGAAAUAUAACGUGAAGAUAAAUUACUUAAAGAAAAAUUAUUAUAUAUUAUAAAUGAAGAAGAACAAUAUGAUUUGGAUAAUCUUAGGAAGAUUUUAUUUCCUCCUAAAUAAGAAUAUACAAAUUCUUUGUUUAAAACACUUACAACACUGAGAAAAUAUACAAACACUAUUCAAAUUCCACUUAGUCGAGAAAAUUACAGGAAUUAGUUAACAAACGAUAUCAUGUAAAAAGAAUUAGGAGUAAUGAGUAAUUAGAAUUAUGAAUCUAGUGGGAAAUAAGAAUUAACUAGUGUAUAAUGAAAUAUUAUAAUAUAGUUCCAAAGUUAUACAGAAAAUUUAAUGAGCAAAUUUAAAUGGUAAAGUGCCUAAAAGUAGGACUAUUAUGGAUAUUAACCUUGA